GCCAGUGAGAGUCAGAUCAGGGCCGACGAAACGGAUACAGGGACAACAGAUAUGAGAGAUCAGACCGGGAUGGAUAUAGGGACGGAAGAUAUGAGAGGACGGGUUGAGAUGGAUACAGAAGUGGCGGAUAUAAGAGAGGAGAUCGACCCGAUGAUUCACGCAGGCGAUACGACCGAGGAGACCGACGUGAUGAUUCACGCGGGUGGUACGACCAAGGAGACCGACGUGAUGAUUCACGCGGGCGAUACGACCGAGGAGACCGACGUGAUGAUUCACGCGGGUGGUUCGACCAAGGAGACCGACGUGAUGAUUCACGCGGGCGAUACGAUCGAGGAGACCGACGUGAUGAUUCACGAGGGCGAUACGAACACGGAGACCGCCGCAAUGACUCGCGGGGCAGGAAUGAGAGGGGGAUACGGCGCGUCGUCCGAUCGGUAUCGGAAGUCCCCUGACCCCAGAGCAGCGAGAGGUUCAACCUCCAGAGGCAUGGACGAAAGGCCACCCACCCCCAGGAACUCUUGCGUCUACUGUAGAGGGGAUGAUCAUAUCAAGAGAGAUUGCCCGGACCUUAAACGGGCAAUAGAUGAGGGGCUUGUCGUGCUUGACGACCGCAAGUACGUCAAGUGGGCAGAUGAUCUGGGAGAUGUAUCGAUGUUCCCUUCGAUGAAGGAGAAUGUCGAAGCAAGGAAAGUAAAGCCGAGUAAAGGAAAGGAACCGGUCAGGGGUCAGAGCAUCAAGAUGACUUUUGAGGGGGAUAUGGCGACCACACCCAUAAGGGUGGCAGCCACCAAGUCGGCGAGAGGAUCUACAUCGAAGAAGACUGACACGGAUUACGUGAUGGCAGAGAAGGACGGAGAACGGAUCAAUGGAGAAGAGGUUAUUCUUUCGCCGCGGAAGCGGGGAGUGAAGAAGUUUUUGAUGAAGAGUUCGCUGGAUGAGAUUGACACGGUCGAGCUACUGAGGCGGGCCCUUCGGCAGCCCAUGUAGUGCUCUAUUUUAGAAUAUCUGGCGGCAUCCAAGCGGGCUCGGGAUGAGUUACAGAUGAUCACGCAGAAGACUCGCAUACCUCUAUCAAGGGAGGCUCAGGGGGGCCCUAAGGCGGAUGUUCCUACUGUAGCAGUAACGGGGGUGACUGCCAGAGCGGAUUGCAUGGCAAAAG